ACUAUUUUUUAGCGAUUAGUAAUGCCUAGUUUCGCGAUUUCGCGCGCAACAAAUACUGUUGGCGCUCUGCAGAGACCGGGAGAUCAGAGUCGUGCAUUCAGCGAGUUGGAGUAACUCACGCCAUUGCAAUGGGAAUUCACGGCCUUGCAAAGUUGAUCGCGGACCAGGCACCUUCAGCCAUCAAAGAACAUGACAUCAAAAGCUACUUCGGGCGAAAGAUUGCAAUUGAUGCAUCUAUGAGCAUCUAUCAGUUCCUUAUUGCCGUUAGACAGGAUGGCAAUGUGCUACAGAACGAAGACGGAGAGACAACCAGCCACCUGAUGGGGAUGUUCUACAGGACAAUAAGGAUGUUGGAGAGCGGUAUCAAACCGGUGUACGUGUUCGACGGAAAACCCCCACAGAUGAAGUCAGGCGAGUUGGCCAAAAGAGGAGAGAAGAGAGCCGAGGCGGAGAAGCUUCUAGCACAGGCACAAGAAAUGGGGGAACAGGAGAAUAUUGACAAGUUCAGCAAGCGACUCGUAAAAGUCACCAAGCAACACAACGAUGAGUGCAAGCAACUGCUGACGCUGAUGGGUGUGCCGUACAUCGAGGCACCGUGUGAGGCAGAGGCCAGCUGUGCGGCGUUAGUGAAGGCAGGGAAGGUCUUCGCCACGGCAACCGAGGACAUGGACGGCUUGACGUUUGGGACAGGGGUCCUGCUGAGGCACCUAACAGCCAGCGAAGCCAAGAAACUUCCCAUUCAGGAGUUCCAUUUCAGUCGCAUUCUGCAGGAAAUUGGUCUGACCCACCAGCAGUUCAUAGACCUGUGCAUCUUGCUUGGGUGUGAUUACUGUGGCACAAUUAAAGGAAUUGGACCCAAGAGAGCCAUCGACCUCAUAAAACAACAUGGCUCCAUUGAGGAGAUUUUGGAAAACAUUGAUGCUGCUAAGCACCCGACUCCAGAGGACUGGCUGUUCAGAGAGGCCCGUUCUCUCUUCCUAGAACCGGAGGUGGUGGACUGCACCUCUCUCGAGCUCAAGUGGAACGAGCCCGACGAGGCGGGGCUGAUCCAGUUCAUGUGCGCUGAGAAACAGUUCAGCGAGGACCGCAUUCGAAACGGCUGCAAGAAGAUCAUGAAGAGCCGGCAGGGCAGCACACAGGGCAGGCUGGACUCCUUCUUCACCGUCACGGGGUCACUGUCAUCCAAACGCAAGGAACCAGAUCUGAAGGGCUCAGCGAAGAAGAAGCAGAAAACAAGCGCAACACCCGGCAAAUUCAAGAAAGGAAAAUAGAGCAGAAGAAGUGAAACCUACUAGGAGGAAGUUACCGUGAGGGGGAGAUGGGGAAGACGGGAGUCCUAUCUUUUCUUAGUCAACCGUGCUCUUUCAGGAAAAAAAAACAAAAAAAGCAGAGGACAGAACCUAAUGAAAAGCUCACCUUGAGAACUGAGUGAA